AGAGCGUUGACUUGAGUAAAAUUUAACCAAAUGAAUAGGCUUUGUUUCUUGCUGUGUAAUUAGCGAUAGAUGAAUACAACUCGGGUCGUGCGCGUUUGGUACAGGUUGAACAAGGUAAACUAAGCUAUAUUUUUGCGCAUUUCUCAUCUACAACGACUGACGAAUAGCGGAAUAUUAUUUGCCUAUCUAUGAAAACACUUGCAGGCAAUUAAAUAGUUACAUGAAAUGAAACAAAGCCAGGAUGAAUAACCCUGGGUAUUGUGGCGACCCGGACAGCACCUGCGACACGGAUACGGUGGAAAUCACCGGCGUUACACUGGAUUGUUCAUGCACCGACGACUCACCGCCGAUACACCUCGACUCUGUCACAGGGCAUAAUACCCCUGAGGGGGGUGAGAGGGCGGCAAACGGUGCGCCUAAGACGGUGGACUUGCCGGAUGAGCCUGCGCCGGGGGUGGGCACGUACGAGGACUUCAACACCAUCGACUGGGUGCGCGAGAAAUGCAAGGACCGGGACCGGCAUAGAGAGAUUGCCGGUAGAAGGAAGGAGUCGGUCUGUGCGUGGAUCAUAAGCAUCAGUGAUGCCUUCUCUGGCUGGCUGGUCGUGCUGCUUGUUGGAUUGAUGUCAGGUGCGCUGGCCGGUGGCAUCGACAUCUCGGCGCACUGGAUGACGGACCUGAAGGAGGGCGUGUGUCUGGAUGGGUUCUGGUUCAACCAGGAGCACUGCUGCUGGGCCUCCAAUGAGACCACCUUCCAGGAGCGUGACCGCUGCCCGCAGUGGAAGAGCUGGGCCGAGCUCAUCACCGGAACCGCCGCGGGGCCCUUUGCCUACAUUGUGAACUACCUGGUGUAUGUGUGCUGGGCGCUGCUCUUCUCCUUCCUGGCUGUGUCACUGGUCAGAUCCUUCGCCCCCUACGCCUGUGCGUCUGGAAUCCCAGAGAUCAAAACCAUUUUGAGCGGAUUCAUCAUCCGCGGCUACCUGGGCAAGUGGACCUUGGUGAUUAAGACCAUCACCCUGGUGCUGGCCGUGUCAUCCGGGCUCAGCCUGGGCAAGGAGGGCCCCCUGGUGCAUGUGGCCUGCUGCUGCGGCAACAUCCUCUGCCACCUCUUCACCAAAUAUCGCACAAACGAGGCAAAGCGUCGAGAGGUUCUGUCUGCGGCGGCCGCAGCGGGGGUGUCCGUGGCGUUUGGCGCGCCGAUCGGGGGGGUGUUAUUCAGUCUGGAGGAGGUGAGCUACUACUUCCCGCUGAAGACGCUGUGGCGCUCCUUUUUCGCCGCCCUGGUGGCCGCCUUCACGCUGCGCUCCAUCAACCCCUUCGGGAACAGCCGGCUGGUGCUGUUCUACGUGGAGUUCCACAGCCCCUGGCACCUGCUGGAGCUGGUGCCCUUCAUCCUGCUGGGCAUCUUCGGGGGCAUCUGGGGGGCCCUCUUCACCCGCGCCAACAUCGCCUGGUGCCGGCGGCGCAAGACCACGCGGCUGGGCCGCUACCCGGUGCUGGAGGUGCUGCUGGUGACCGUGGUGACGGCGGUGCUGGCCUUCCCCAAUCAGUUCACCCGCAUGAGCACCAGCAGGCUGAUCUCGGAGCUCUUCAACGACUGCAGCCGGCUGGACGCGUCCAAGCUCUGCGACUUCGGCAACGCCACGGGCGAGCCGUCCUCCGGCGCCCUGGGGGACCGGCCGGCCAGCAGGAGCCUGUCCAUGGCCAUGCUGGAGCUCUGCCUGGCCCUCCUCUUCAAGAUACUCAUGACCAUCAUCACCUUCGGCAUGAAGGUGCCCUCUGGUCUGUUCAUUCCCAGUAUGGCGGUCGGGGCGAUAGCAGGGAGGUUGCUGGGGGUUGCCAUGGAGCAGCUGGCGUAUUACCAUCAUGAUUGGGCGCUGUUCCGGGGCUGGUGCAGCCCGGGCGCCAACUGCAUCACCCCGGGGCUCUACGCCAUGGUGGGCGCGGCCGCCUGUCUGGGGGGGGUGACGCGGAUGACUGUGUCGCUGGUGGUCAUCAUGUUCGAGCUGACGGGGGGCCUGGAGUACAUCGUGCCGCUGAUGGCGGCGGCCAUGACCAGCAAGUGGGUGGCGGACGCGCUGGAGCGCGAGGGGAUCUACGUGGCGCACAUCCGGCUCAACGGCUACCCCUUCCUGGAGGCCAAGGGCGAGUUCAGCCACAAGACGCUGGCCAUGGGCGUGAUGCGGCCGCGGCGCGGGGAACCGCCGCUCUCCGUGCUGACGCAGGACGGCGUUACCGUGGGCGACGCCGAGGCGCUGAUCGCCAGCACCUCCUACAGCGGCUUCCCCGUCAUCACGUCCCCCGAAUCCCAGAGGCUGGUGGGCUUCGUCCUGCGCCGCGACCUGGUCAUCUCCAUCGAGAAUGCACGGAAGCGACAGGAGGGUGUCGGGAGCGCCUCGAAAAUCUUCUUCACAGAGUACACCCCCCCGCCAUUGCCCGACAGCUCCGCCCCCCUCAAACUGCGGGGUAUCAUGGACCUCAGCCCCUUCACGGUGACGGACCUCACCGCCAUGGACAUCGUGGUGGACAUCUUCCGCAAACUGGGCCUGAGGCAAUGUCUGGUCACUCACAACGGGCGCCUGCUGGGGAUCAUCACCAAGAAAGACAUUCUGAAGCACAUGGCGCAGAUGGCCGAUCAGGACCCUGACUCCAUUCUCUUUAACUGAAAUCUACCUCGUAGAACAUUCCACAUGGGAAGGCCAUAUCUCUGCACCCCUCAGGUAGUCCACUGGCCAGCAGCAUUGCACUCUUCACUGUACAUUACCAGAGUUACCUGGGGUGUAUUCACUGUACUCCUGCCUGUAAAGAACAUCGUCCCUCUGGACAUUUUGAGAAGAAACCUUGGGUUUGAGGUGGUUUAGAUGUCAGCUGGACCUGUCGUCGUGCUCUGAACAUUUGAAACGAGCCAAGGUUUCGCAAAGGAAACGUGUCUUUCUACAAACACUGAAACCCUCAAAAGCUGGGUUUUAAAAUGCAAAUGUCUGAACUGUGAGGCGUGGAGCGGCAAAUCCCCUUUUCUGCUGCAUAAAAAUGACUUCUCCGGGAACUCAUGAAAGUCAGCAUUUCUGGAAGGGAUGAAAGUAUUGACUCCUCUUUAUUAAUUCCAGAUGUUCUACUGGGGAGUCAUACUGUGAGAUUUACUGUGACACAGUGCAGAUAAAUCAUGGGAUGAUAAUCUGCUAAUCUAAAACAAUGAACACUCACUAAAUAACUUAGAUAAAUGUCUCGGAAUAGAAUUUCCAUGCUUUUGAACAUAA